AUGGCCUACCUUUUGUUUUACGUGGACGGCAUUAUUUUAACCGCUUCCAAUGACGGUCUACUCCAGAACAUCAUUAAAUCCCUUACCGCUGAAUUUAAGAUGAUUGACUUGGGCACCUUGCACCAUUUUUUGGGAAUUGCUGUAACAAAACAGGCAAACGGGAUGUUUUUAUCACAAAGUAUUUAUGCAACCGACAUCCUGUCCCGUGCCAACAUGUCCAAUUGCAAACCAGCCAGCACCCCUGCCGAAGUUGGAUCUAAAUUAAGCGCCGACAGUGGUUCUACCUUUUCCGAUGGUUUGCUAUACAGGAGCUUAGCCGGGGCCCUUCAGUAUCUCACCAUCACCAGACCUGAUAUAGCCUCUGCUGUUCAACAGAUCUGUCUCUUCAUGCAUGCUCCUAGAGAACCCCAUUAUCAGUUUCUGAAGAGGAUCCUUCGUUAUGUCAAGGGCACCAUAGAUCAUGGCCUAUUGCUUUCUCCGUCCUCCUCCACCGCCCUAACUGCUUACUCUGAUGCCGAUUGGGGAGGAUGCCCCGACUCCAGACGUUCCACGUCUGGCUACUGCGUCUAUAUGGGAUCCAACUUGAUUUCCUGGUCUUCAAAACGACAAUCCACGAUCUCCAGGUCAAGUGAAGAAGCUGAAUACAGAGGCAUGGCGAAUACCGUUACUGAACUUAGCUGGGUUCGCAAUCUCUUGCUCGAAUUACAUGUUCCUGUUCGCCACUCUUCCAUCGUUUAUUGUGAAAACAUAUCGGCAGUCUACUUAUCCAACAAUCCAGUUCAAAACCAACGAACCAAACACAUUGAACUAGAUAUUCACUUCGUCUGA